AAAGAGCGCAUGAUGGAUCACUGAAUUCACUGUGCUGCCUUUGAGUCAGAGUCUGUCUGCGGGAUUCAUGUUGUGGAAAGGCCGAAGAAAUGUGUUGGUGAUGAGCCAAUAGACCUUUUUAACCAAACUUACAUUUAGAUAUAUUUAUAACUAGUUUUCAGUGUCGAGUUUUCUCUCUCUAACGUGAGAAUUCGGAUAAAUUAAUGCACAUAAUGCAAAUAAUUACGCCCAAACUGGAUACAGGCCAUAAAUUAAAAAAAGGCUAAUAUAUUAAUAUAAAAAAAUAGACUUUAUUACGUUGUAUUCUAAUUACUUGAAUCCCUUGGAUGUCACAAGAAUGAUUUAGCAGUCUAUGUAGUAACCUUUAACCUCAAAGACAACAGUAAUACAUGACGUGUGCCCUAUUUUCUAUUACUUGGAGGCCUUUAACAUAACAUUUAUAACACUAAAUCCAUAUUAUUAUUAUGGCUCUUGCUAUUAUAAUUCUGUUCCACAUAUUUGUCCACAUUUUUUUUUAAAAUGUGUCAUUAAUUUGUCAUUUCGUGCUCCUCUAACACUGUAGCCUGAAAAUGUGUCCUGAUGUUUGUGUUCUUAUCAGAUGGAUGAGCGCGUUUGAUUGAAGCAUUUGUCAUGUAAAUGCGAGCCGUUUGAUGGACGAGCCCGCAGACUUGACAGAGUGCUGUAGGUCCUCUGCCAUUGGCGUUUAGCGGGUCACAUGGUGUGUCAGGAAGGUGAUAUGAGGGUGGGAGGCAGUUUUACAGCUUUGACAUACUACCUAGAAGGUCAGGGCAAAGGGAGCACCGAUUAAUGACUCCUCAGUCUUGAUCACUUCUGAACAAACAAUAGACCCAAGUCCAGCAUGAACUCCUACUUAGACUACCCCGUGUGCAACCGGGGAGCAAAUAUUUUCAGUGCCAAGGCCGGAUACCACAACUUGAACCAUGGAUACAUGUCGUCCAACUCGUGCGCAACAAGUGAUAGUUACGCACCGGACGGGCGCUUAGUUGCUGCAACUUCUGCGCCACACCAGACCCCGAGCCUCCCUCUGCACCACCAGACACACGUUAACUUGGAUCUGCAGUUUGCAGCGCCGGGGAACUCCAUGUAUGGGUCACCCCUGGAGUACGGACACCACCAGUACGGCCUGGCGCCCGAGCAGGACCGGAGCUACAUUCAUGUUUCACCCCUUGGAACAAACAUGGCUCCCUACACCGGGGACAGCUGUGGGCCUGGAGUUGCAACGGGCAGCCAGUAUCUACAUUUUGGCAACGGGGAUCAGAGACUGCAAGAAUAUCCAGAGAGUGUUUACACAAGGUUACCGCCCCAAAGCAAGGAGAAGGAUUUGGACCAUGUGGAGGAAACUUCUAAAACAUUCGACUGGAUGAAAGUGAAGAGGAAUCCGCCAAAAACAGCGGUCCUGUCGGAGUUCGGGGUUCCCAGCCAGCACAACGUAAUCCGCACCAACUUCACCACCAAGCAGCUGACCGAGCUGGAGAAAGAAUUCCACUUCAACAAGUACCUGACGCGGGCGCGGAGGGUGGAGGUCGCCGCCAGUCUGGAGCUCAACGAGACGCAGGUGAAAAUCUGGUUUCAGAACCGCAGGAUGAAGCAGAAGAAACGCGAGAAACUGGGCGGCGGUUUGAUCAACAGCCCGGCACCUGUGGAGAAACUCUCCGGGCCUGACACCUCUCCAAAGGGAACGGGGAAAGAUUGUGAACCAUGAUUUGACUUUAAAAAAAAAAGAAAAAAGAAAGACUGUUUGGGGGGGGGGCUGAGAAUUUCUCCACUUCUUUCCCUCAGUCGCACCAUUCCUGAAAAACUGUGAAAAAUGCAUGUGGACUUGUGAAGUAUAUACAGGGUCUGUCUGUGUCUGCUGAUUAUUGUGCAUCUAUUUCUGAAUGAGAAUGAGAAACUUUUUAAAAAAUGUCUUGUCAUUCCUUCCUGUGUUUGAAACCUUCCUAUCAUAAAAGCCCAUGCAAUGUUUUUGUGUUGGAGCACUGAAGAGUACUCAGUGUCAUUGUUUGCACUAUUUAUUUACAGGGUAUUUUCCAACAAGUGUUGAGAUGAUUUAGCUUAAUAAAGUCUAUCAAAUGGAGAAAAAAAACAAGUGUUGUAUUUGCUGUUGUAAAAAAGAGGCUGUAAUGGAUGCUGAUAAUCCCUGAUUAAGUCCUAUCCAACUUCUACUUUUGAUACAGAAUUUGCUCCCUUUGAUGAAGUCUUUUCCUAUUUUUCCAAAAAAAAUAUAUGUAUAUAAUAAAUUGUUCUAAAUAUGAA